AUGGAGCUGUCACCACUCUAUUACCGAGUGGUCCAAUCUCUAGAAUCCCAUUUGUCAAAUGUUGACGAUGAUCUUGAAAGCAAAAGCAAUGGAGCUUCAAUCUAUAGAAUACCCGAGCAUAUAAAGAAGGUUAAUCCAAACGCAUUCAAACCGCGGCUGAUAUCGUUCGGGCCAUACCACCAUAGGGAUGCGCAUUUGUUGCCAUUGGAGAAGAAAAAACAUUUAGCACUUUACAACUUUAAAAGGCGCUGCGGAUUGUCCACUGAAGACAUUGUGAGUGAGCUGUUCAUCAUGUUGGAAGAUCUGCAGAGAUCAUAUGAUAAACUUGAUGAUAAAUGGAAAACAGACCCAGACAAAUUUUUGGAGCUCAUGAUCUUGGAUGGUUGCUUCAUGGUGCUUGUCUUGUCGAAUGAUGCCUGUAGAGAGAUAUUUACGAGUACGGAUGUAGUGCGAGAUAUGUUGCUGCUUGAGAAUCAGCUGCCCUUGAUGCUUCUUGACAAGCUGUAUUCCAUGUUAAGGCAAGAGAAUAACCAACUUUCUAGGAUUGAUAACAUAGUAGGCUCUUACGUCAUCUUGAUGGGUAAUCUGAUGGAGAAAGAUGAGGUAGAUUCAUUCAAUCAGCUGGCUAGAGGCACGGUUUUAGAAAGGUGGGGCAACUACUCCUACAUCUACGAAUUGGCGAAUGAGCAUUGUAAGAGGCCAUGGAGAAUAUGGUGGACAACUCUCAAGAAUGUCAACUUUCAAAAUCCGUGGACCAUUAUCUCUACUCUUUCUGCUAUGAUCGGUUUUGUGCUCCUUAUUAUCCAAACUCUAUACGGAAUGUAUGGCUACUAUCUCCCACGUCGAUCUUGA